UCCACCCAAAAAAAAAUCCCUUGGAUAUAUAAGUAGUAGAAGAGAAAUUCUCUGCCAGGCCUGUACCCUACCAUCACACUAAAGAACUGAACGCGAGAGGGACUGAAGGAGGGAGGCUCCCCUCAACUUCGGAGCUCAAUCCGAUGGAAUACUCUGCGGUGCCCAAUUCCUGAUUGUUCAAAACUGUAAUCUAAUCCUAUCGCCUCAUGUGAACAACUCAGCGACUGAAAUUCUCUCUGAAGCAUGGGUGAAAUUCCCGUGCCGGAAGCUGCUAUGGCCAUGCCGGAGCCGUCGUCUUGCCUGACCCUGCGAAUCUUCUACCUGAGGGUGAGCAGGUGCGAGGUCGACGAGUCCAUGGCUGACACCCUCAUCCUCACUCACAUCCCGCUCACCCCUGACACCGACCUGGAAGUAAGCGGCGCCGAUCGGAAGCCAAGCGUCAGCAGCGGCAAAGGCAGCAGCACCGUGACGUGCUCCCUCCGCCGCGACCGCGUCGACUCGAGGUCGGAGGAGGCCACCUUCGUUAGCACGGCGUCCAUCAGGAUGUCCGGCAGCGUGCGGUUCGAGGUCCAAAGCAAGGACGAGCGGCUCCUGGUCGGGAUCCUGGAGAUGUGCGAUGCGGAGGGGAAGAAGAGCUGGGUGAUGAAGUGCCAGGUCGCGACGCAGCGCGGGUCGGGGUUCCUGAGGUGCGGCUGUGGUGGGAGGGAGGCGAAGCCGCCGGCGGUGGAGGUGUACGUGGCCGGCGUGUCCCGGGGCACGCCGACCGUGUUCACGAAGGCCAUGCAGCUGCGGUUCAGGAGGCGGCGCCAGGUGAAGGCGUUCAUGGACCCGAUCCCGGAGUGCGGCGAGCAGGCGGAAGACAUGAAAGAAACGCCUCCGAAGCAUGGACCACAGGAAUCGGAGUACAGGUGCUACAAGCCCGACCCAGACGCGGACGACGAGGACAGCCUCUACCUGAAAUCAGCAGGGCUUGACGACGACGAGGAGUACAGCGAGCUGUCAUGGUUCACCGCUGGGGUGAGGGUCGGCGUCGGCAUCGGCCUGGGCAUCUGCCUAGGCGUCGGCAUCGGUGCCGGGCUCCUGGUCCGAUCGUACCAGUCCACCUCCAGGACCCUGAAGCGGCGCCUCAUCUCAAACCUGCUCUGAACCCACGGCAGCUUGAGUGCUCAUCUCCUAAAACUUCAGCGAUGGCAAGUGACAAAAAAAAUGUAGAUGCUGAAACGUUGUGCACGCUGUGCCGAAUGCACCUAUUGUAGUAUAUCCCUGUGCGGUCGGUAUGGUAUAUUGGCAGUGCGUGUGCCA